UAAUCUGCCUUUGGUUCCAUUUCACCACAAAUACACCUAUGAAAUAUCCCAUUUUGUGGUCCAAAGGAGACAGAAGGAAGACAGGAGCUAAGCAAAUAAGCAAUGCUGUGUCUACAGCAUAGACAAGCUUUUGCCUCACCAAGUUUAUUACCCCCCCUUUCUUCUCCCCAUCCUCGUCCUCUCAUCACGUGCAGUUGGAACUCUCUCUUUCCAUAUUUCCCGAUCAAAUGCAACGUGCCCUAUGGCUAUGGUGGAAGAGCUCAGAAACGUUUGCUCAGAUCUUACCGUUCAAUUUACUUCAAGGAGGAGGAAGAAGAAGAAGAAGAAGAAGAAUCAAGUGAUGGCAGUAGCUCCGACCUUCUGUGGUCGAGGUUUGAAGAAGCAGUAAAGCUGUUGAAUGAAAGGGAAUACUAUGCUUGCCAUGACUUGCUUGAAUCUCUGUGGUUUGAAUCAAAUGACCCUCUGCGUACCCUUCUUCAUGCUCUCCUCCAAUGUGCCGUUGCCUUCUAUCAUCUCUUCAACCAGAAUCACAAAGGAGCAAUGAUGGAAAUGGGAGAGAGUGUAUGCAAGCUGAGAAAGCUGAAUUUAGAAGCGGGACCCUUUCAUGAGUUUGAGAAAGACCUCUCAACUGUCCUCAAUUUCAUCUAUCAAACUCAGUUAGAGCUUGCAGCCUGCACUGAAGACUUUUGCUUGACUAUGGAACAAACAGAAAGAUCGUACCAACUUCUGGAGGGGUUCGGUGCUGGGAAACACCUGUAUUUCCUUGAAGAAAGUGAUGAUGAUGAUGGUUAUAAUAACCACAUCACAUACCUAGUCUUUGAUCCUCAGAAAAGCUACGGUGCCACAAACCUUCCUACAACAAAGGUUAAACUUCCCAUCUUGGAAGCAACUCGAAACCAUCUCAUGUCCUUCCAAAACUAUUGAUUUGUCUUUGUGGAUCCAUUAAAUUAAGUAUACCGUUAUAUACUACGGAGUACUUCCUUUUCGUAAUUAGUUGUUUCAUUACUAGUUAGAAUUGUACUUUUAAUGCAACAAUUUAUUCUUGAUUGAAGGUCAUUGAGAUGAACUAAUGUUAAGUCCUACUUUAA